AGGAUCUAAAGGUAUAACAUCUAUUCAACAAGGAUUAAAAGGUGGAAAACGUUCAGCUGAUAUCAACUGUGGAAUUAUAUUACAAUUUCAAGAUGGCCAAGAUAACAAAAUGGCGGAAAAAAUUGAAAUAUGUCUAAAGGAGGAGGGAGUUGUUGGACUAGAGUAUGUUUGCAUGAAGGAGAGAGAAGGAGGUCUUGAUACACCUCAAGAAAAAGAACUAGAAAUUCCUGGAUUUUUUUCUCAGGAAAUAGAAACAUCUAUUAAAGAUGCCAAAUCAAAGAAAGUUCAUAUGUCUCUGAAUCUAGGAGCUUUUGGGAGUUCAGCAAAAAUAUUUUAUUCUUUAGAAAAACUGGGAGUUAACAGAAUAUGCGAGGGAUACAGGGUAGUAGAUGAUAACUCUUUAUUCAAGGAAAUCACUUGA